CCAAAAAUGACAUCUCGAUUGCGGUGGAGCAGGGGAGCGACUGGGACGCAGAGAGAAGAAAGAAAGAAGUCACAGCAUUUCAGGAUCUAAACCCAAAAAGACGCACCAGAAAGGCGCAGCGAAUUUUACGCACAGUCUCCAGUGUGGAUGCUCCUGCUUCUGCGCGGACUUUUUACUGCCUCUUUGGAAAUGUAGUUGCAUUCUUGAACAAAAAAAAAAAAAUCUCAAGAAGGCAUUUGUUUUUACUAGUUGAUGAGAGGAGUAAGAGCCGUUGAGGCUCCGUUUCCUGUUUUGCCAGAGCGCUGCAGCUGGGCUCAAGAAGCCCCGCAGGGCUGCCUGAAACACCGGACCUCCUUCUCCGCUUCAAACCGCUGCCAGUCCCGCUGCCAGCCAGUCCCGCUGCCAAACUCGGUGGAGAAUAAAGAAAGAAAUGUGCGACCUGAUGCCAGCCUCCCAGCCCGUGGAGAAAAUCGGCAAAAUGAAAAAGUUGAGGAGAACUUUGUCAGAGAGUUUCAGGAGCAUUGCUUUCAAGAAAGAGGACAGCGGCUUUGAUGAGAUAUGUGUCACAAAGAUGUCCACACGCAGCUGCCAGGGAUCAGACUCGGUCAUCAAGCCCCUGGACACCAUCCCUGAAGACAAGAAGGUGAGAGUGCAGCGCACGCAGAGCGGCUUCGACCCGUUUGAGAAGCCCGCCAGCCAGGUGAAGAGGGUCCACUCUGAGAACAAUGCCUGCAUCAACGCCAAGAGCUCGUCCACCGGCAAGGAGUCCCCGAAACUGCGUCGUCACUCCAGCCCAAGUUCUCCCACAAGCCCCAAGUUUGGAAAGGCAGAUUCCUAUGAAAAGCUGGAGAAGCUGGGAGAAGGUUCCUAUGCCACAGUUUACAAAGGAAAGAGCAAGGUGAACGGGAAACUGGUGGCUCUGAAGGUGAUCCGUCUGCAGGAGGAGGAAGGAACACCUUUCACUGCAAUAAGAGAAGCAUCUCUUCUGAAAGGCCUGAAGCACUCCAACAUCGUGCUGCUCCAUGACAUCAUCCACACCAAGGAAACCCUGACUCUGGUCUUUGAAUAUGUGCACACAGACCUGUGUCAGUACAUGGACAAACACCCCGGGGGGCUCCAUCCAGACAAUGUGAAGCUCUUCCUGUUCCAGUUGCUGAGAGGCCUGUCAUACAUCCACCAGAGGUACAUCCUUCACCGCGAUCUGAAACCGCAAAACCUGCUCAUCAGUGACACCGGAGAGCUCAAACUCGCUGACUUUGGCCUGGCCAGGGCCAAGUCAGUCCCCAGCCAUACCUACUCCAAUGAGGUGGUGACCCUGUGGUACCGGCCUCCUGAUGUCCUGCUGGGAUCCACAGACUACUCUACCUGCCUGGACAUGUGGGGAGUGGGCUGCAUCUUUAUUGAGAUGAUUCAAGGAGUGGCUGCCUUUCCUGGGAUGAAGGACAUCCAGGACCAGCUGGAGAGGAUAUUCCUGGUCAUUGGUACACCGUCUGAGGAAACCUGGCCUAGUGUUAACUCUCUGCCUCACUUCAAACCAGACCGCUUUACGGUUUACAGCGCCAAGAAGCUCAGACAAGCGUGGAAUAAGUUGGGCUAUGUGGACCAUGCCGAGGAGUUGGCCUCCAGGUUCCUCCAGUGCUUCCCAAAGAACCGGCUGUCGGCUCAGGCAGCGCUGAACCACGAAUACUUCAGCAACCUUCCUCCACGGCUCUGGGAGCUGCAGGACAUGUCUUCUAUCUUCACCGUACCAAAUGUCAAGCUGCAGACGGAGAGCGGGGACAGCAUACAGGUGUGUGCACGAAGGAACAGUCAUGGGAAGGCAUCCUCUGGCAGCAAACACUGACCUGAGGCAGCAUCCUGCACAUGAUUGCCUGACAGGUGGCUGUUGUUAAAACAAAAAAAAUGAAGACAAAGACGCUGAGACGGAGGAUCCAUGUGAAUGAAAGAGCCCCAGUUCUCUUAAUUUAUUACCUUCACGAUAGGCGUGAGUGUGGAUACGUGCGCGAGUGUGUGCCGUGUGCAUGAGGACGAGUGCGAGCAUUGAACAUAGUCAUGAAUGCAUGUGUGCAUUAUGAACGGUACCUAAGAUUUCAGGCUAUCAUUUGCGGAGUUUGUUUACUUUUUAUAAGGUUCCAAUAACUCAUAUAUCAUUGUCACAGUGUAGGCAAAAGGACUUUACUAUUGGUACAUAUUGUGUUUUGUGUUUGUAACUAGCCUCCUAUUUAAGAAUGUAUAUUUGUAUGUAUGAUAUACUCAUCUAGAAACUAUAUAAUGGACACUUUUAAUAUCGCUUCAUCUUCUAACCACUAUACUGCUCUCGCCAAGACACAUAACUUCAUCAAGAGGUUACCACUGCUACGUCAUAAUAAUCCUUUCUUUGCCGCCUGUGUGGGUUAAGGUUGCGCAUUCAGAUAUUAUCAAAGGAAAAUCUGUUUUCCAAGGCUUUGUUUUUGUAGUUUUGACCAUCAUUCCCAUCAGUUAUCAGACUAUUGAAAACGACCCAGGCUGGAAAAGUAGAGCCAGCGAAUAUCUUACUGUGGACUGUUCGGUCAACUGAUUGACAUAUCAGCCUCAAAAGUUAAAACAUACUAUCCUGAGCUGCAACAGUUCAGUCAAACAGUUGCAAAGCCCAACUUUUUGAAAUGGGCUGGCCAAAUUUAGGAACUAACUUAGGCCUAGGGGGGGCUGAAGUAUUUGUGUGCACACAUACACACAAAAAAACAAAUGUACAGCAUUUGUAUUUCUUCCUUUUGCACUAAUCAUAUCUACUCUAAUAACAUUAUUGUAAAUAUCUUAGUUAAAAGUUAAACUCUAAAAAAGUAACACAACAAAUUGGCAACAAUUCAAUCUUCUUAGCUUAGUUUUCCAAGCUAAAAAAAAUGUCCACAGUUUCAGUUUAAAGUCCUAACAAAAAGAAAUGUGUUACAGUAAAACACAAAGGUACUAAUUGACUUUUGCAACACAGCUCAAAUGUUGAUUUCAAAACAAGUCUCGCCUCUUAAGAAGCUACAAAGCCAAUCCCAAGUUAAGAAAUGGGAGAUGGCAAAUGAGAUUUCAGGGCCUCUGCACCCCCUGAAUCUGCCCCUGGGGGUUAAGAUUCUGCAACCUACAGUUACAUAGCAAUGUCUUUAAGGAAGUUGUUGUCACAGGCGGCAUAUAAAAAUGGACUAAACCAACAAAUGUCGCCAAUCACUUUAUGUGUUGCCAAUUUUAAAACCCAGAGUUUGGGUUUUUUGUUGGUUGGUACACCCAGCUCUUAUCCAACAUUGUAGAUAAUUGUCAAUCACAGGUGGCUUUUCUUUAAAGCACACACUUUAUUGUCCAUUUUACCUGAAAGGUGUGUUCAAACCAAACGUUUUCAGAGAAUAAACAAAUAAGAAUGAUGGCCAAACUGCACAAAUGAAGACUGCGGUUGAAGAAAAGUACUCGUUAUAAGGAUUCUACUUUAAUUUUUCCAACCGACCAAUCCUGCUUGAUAUGAGAUUUCUGUUGCAGCUGUCACAAAUCCUCUCCAACACGUAGACGAUCUCAGCUGAAGAUGUUGACCGUGCACACAUAAGACAACUUGUAAACCAUCAAGCAGUGUCAGGAAACACUUCAGACGCAAUACGAAACACAACAGAUGUAAAUGAAGUGUGCGCGCGCGUGUGUGUGUGUGUAUGAGUGAUAGUGUGUGAGUGUAAAUAUUGGCAAUAGCUAAGCAUUGGUGCUUCCAUCCAUGCAAACGAGCUAAUGUAUAAAAAGUCAAACAGAUAGGCAAUAGGCUGUGGGGCCUAUUGUUGGAUCCGGCCCACGACAAUCCUCCCUUUCAGUUCAUCUUGAUCAAAACAAUUGCAAUAUUCUUUCAGAAAGAGAUGAUCUGUGUCAAUAAUCUUAGUUUUCAAAGUGAUUCAGAGCGUUGUCUUGCCUGACAAAUAAAGUUUUGGGGUGAGUGCAUUGCAGUGUGUGUAGUGUGCAUGCAGUAUGUGUACUGUCGGUGGUAAUUAACUGCGCUCAGUCCCAUCACCACCAACACGUGUGCCCCUCAACGUCCCACAAGUUCAGAAAUAUUUCAGAACUUUUUUAUAACACAACGAUCAAAAUCAGCUGUAAAACGUGUCAUCUGCAAAGAUGUUUAUACAGAUUUUUUGGGGUCUUUCUUUUGGUGUUUUGUGUGGAAAUCUUUGAAUAUUACAGCUUAGAAGUAUGGUGAUAAUUGUGAAGUACUAUCAAAUUUUACUCCUUUUUUUCGAUCUCGGUUUGAAAUCGACAAAACAAAAAAAAAGAAAAGUUAUUGGCCCUGUAUGGUUGAUUUAGCUGAAGAAAUAACGCCAUGGGGUUAUUGAGUGGAUACUGAAACAUACUCACUCAUACACACACUCACAUAUAGGAUAUAGAUGUCUCGCCUGCAAGGAUAAACUUGCACGUAUCAAAUCCUGUCAGCCAGAGUGCAGUAUAAACCUGCAGCCCCUCCAUGCUCCCCUUCAGCUGCUAUAUUCCUUGUAGUCUGUCACAUUCAAGGAUAGAUUUUUUUUUUUUUUUCAUGACUCAACUUAAUACAACCCUCACAAAAUGAAAAAAAAAAUUCUUCUUCUCAAUUCUGGAAAUGAAGGGAUGCAUAAAGUGACUGCACUGUAAGAAAUGUCUCUGAGCCACAACGCUUCUGAAGGUCAACAUGGGAUAGUAUGAAGGUUCAUACACUGAUUGUCUUUAUCUGGGCGUUGAUAAGCGAUAUGCUGACAAAUAUUUCAUCAAGAGCCACAUGACCAGAACUUAAAUCAUCUUGUUUUCUACCCCUUCUGACUCCCAACUCGUCCAAUGAGGAGCUAGGUACGAGUUGACGUAGUAGGAAAGUGGAGAGAUGAUUUAUGUGAUGGUCAUGGAGGGAUCAUUAAAACACGGGAGAUUUCUGAAAGAUUCUGGUUUUGAUUCCUCUGUGAGGCCAAUUGUAACAUUGGAAGACGUUGACAAUUUAAGAAUGGACGCCAUACAAGUUUGCUGAAUGCAAAGUCCACUCCCUGAAGAACAACCCUUUAAAUCUCUGUUUCCUCUGGGAGACAAAAAUAGACUUUGUCUAAUCUACUGGGGUGACCUGUAUUACAGAUUUUACGGUAAUUCUUAUGAAUAACUUGACCUGUAUUUGCAGAUCUGACUCUACAGGGGCAGAUGCAUAUUUCUGAGUGUAGGACCACUGGUAAAAAAAAAAAGGAGGGAGAGAUAAAAAAAAAAAAAGGACUUGCAUUUCUAAGGCAGCUUGAAUGGGAUGUCCAUGUUGAUUUCAUUUAGCCGUUGUUUGACAUGUUGUUGAUUUCAACCUAAAAACGAGUCUAUCAAGGCUCAUCUUAUAAGACUGUAAAAACACUUGUUACUGAUUAGUGAAAACUCAAAAAGCAGUUAAUGGAGGCUUAGUUCAUUUUGAAGUUCAAUAAGUGACCUGAGUAUUCCUCAAACUCGGCUCAGAAAAAGUAAGUUCCUUGAGGAAGCGGUGGCAUCAUUUCUAAUAAAACAACUCUGAAGUGAAUAACCAAAAGGUUCUAGGUAGCACACAGUCAAUACUUCAGAGAAAGUUGACUUCUUUGUUUCAUCUCUUUCCAUUUCAAACAAACAUGUUGGCUGCAUGGCGCUCAUGGCCGAGCAUCUAGCAGCUCACCAGGUCAUGGUGACCAGGUGUUAGCAUGUUGGCUUGACAAGGCUAAAUGAACUGAUAAACAGAGAUUAGUCUUCUAACUCUCUGGUUGUGUGUGACCUUUAACCUCCCAGGACUCAUCUUUACUGUGUAGUCACUUCAUGUACAGAGAGAUGAUUGUUGCACCCGUUAACUCUUACAGACAAAUGUGAAAAACAAACACAUCUAAACCUAUCCUUCAAAGAGGGAAAGUGAUAAAUAGAAGGCUUUGACGUUUCACCAUGACUGUGUACCGCUCCAGCUUCUUUAACUAAGGACAGCCGUGGCUCUGAGCCAAAAUAAAUAAUGACGGGCUCGACUCUCCCCGAUAGCGUUUUUUUUUAAAACUGCACUUUAAAGAGAAAAUCAGUUUGCCCUACAUUCCAGUCUGUGUGGCCACUUUUAUGCACUUGCUUUCCCCCUUAAUGACAAAUAAAUAAAUAUUUAUACGUAACCUUGCUUUGCCCAACAAACCAAAAAAGCAAACUGGCCCUCCUGACAAAUGUAAAUAUGGUCCCUUAUUUUCAAUCGUUACCGCAGAUUGAGGAGUGCUUUCAAAAAAAAAGAAGCUGUACUUGAAGUUAUCUCGCAGCUUUUCAGUGUCAUCCCCAGGCUGUGAUUGUGCGACGGAGAAAAGGGGAGGAGAGGGGGUGGGUAAUGCCAGUAAAGCAGCGUGACAGAAGAGGGUUAAUACCAUGGAGCUGUGCUAAGAUUGCCCAGCCUCGUGUGGCUUUAAGGGAUUGCAGGCAGUAUUAGCAGCUGAAUAAUUAUUUUUGGGAUGUUUCUUCUUUUGCACACUUUUUGUGGUGUGGCACACAUCGCUCCGUCCCCCCCCCCCUCAACUGUGUGACUUUUUUUGGAGCUUUGGCAGCCUGCAGUCUUGUAAACAAAAAAAAGAAAAAAAAAAAGAAAACAUAUAUUUUUUUGAGUUCUGUGUGGGCAGAGCUCCUGAAGGCACUCUGUUCAAACUUGAAUGUUCUUCAUAUCUUUCGGAUAGAGUCCAGAGACGGAAAACUACCGUAAAACUUUAAGUCACAGCCCAGGCUUUAAUUCACUUCAGUCUAUAAAAUGACCUUGUAGUUGGGAUGGGCGUCACUACGAGCCGGACCUCUAGUCAUCUUCAAACAAAAAUAGGAAAGACUUGUAAAUUAACUUCAAAAUAAGAUUUGACUGUGCAAAGAAUUAGGAUUUCUUGCUUUGUAAAGGCCCUGACACACCAAGGAAAUCAUCGGCUGUCAGUCCGAGUUGGACCGACAGUGAGCAAUCGUCACCUUAGUUUUUGCGGUGUGUCCAGCUCCAGUUGGCCUGGAUUCGACAUAAUGAAUCGGCGUCAGUCGGCAUUGGCAUGGUUGGUGAGAGGAAUCACUCUGAUUGGCUGUUCGGAGGGUUCAUUUAACUCCCCUACAGCAUGCCGCUGUAGUAUCCAUGCUUUCACCCAUUAGUGCGGUUUCUCCUUAUUUGUCGCCUCCGCCUCUUCUUUUCUUUUUCCACUAAAAGACCAAGAGCUGACAACGCCAGCGCCAUUUUCAACUUUUUAUCAGACAUUAUUCUCCAUUAGUAGACUAUUUAUGAUACAAAGUGGUGCGCGACAGCGGUGUGAAAAUGGUCUUCUCGUAUCACAACAACGGACUACCGCAUUUGCAUAACGUACAUGAUGGUUUUUCCGUCGGCUCUAGUCUUUGCGGUGUGUUCAAGUGCAACUCUUUGGCCAAGAUGAACGCCACAGUCGGCCUUCAUUGUCACUAGUUCUUUGCCGUCUGCUUGGUGUCUCAGGGCCUUAAGACAGCCCACCCAAUCCAACCUGCAUGUUGUAUAAAGACUAAAUGCACAGGAGCCCUCUUACUGAGAGCGGCCUUUAUUUGUGUGGCAACACCAGGCUAGUAAAAGGGACUGGACCUCAAAUUGGGAUGGGCUUGUAUUUGAAGUUUUACGGUAUGUGGAGUUGCUCACGUAGCACUGUGACAGUAAAGAAAAGAAGAAUAUCAAAAGAGGAGAAGGUGGUGAGGCGGAGACACGCCUCCAAUGAAGUGAAAUAGUGAUGCUUCCACUAUGUGUGUAUACAGGGUUGCAGAUGUCCCCUUAAUGCUACAAAGAGAAAUCAUAUAUGAAUAUACAUAUGUGAUGAUAUUAAAUAUAAGGCAUCUAUUUUUGUCAUUCUGUAUGAUGUGGUAUCAGUAGAAGGACGUAUAGGUUGGAUCCGAGGUGCAUCCUCUCUGUACUGAAUAACAAAUCUGUGUUGUUGUUUUUUUUCCAACAAAGCUUCUCUUACGUUUUUAUUUUUCGUUUUUUGUAUGCUGCACUGAAAAUAUAUCAUUCUCACAAGUAGUUUGGAAAACAGAAGUGUCAUCAGCCACUUCAUUAAGUGAAACAAUAUAUUAUACAGUAGAAUAGCUGUUGCAUUAUUUGUUACAACCUGUAUGUAAUGUUAUUAUGGAAGAUGUAAUGUCCUUCUGUAAAUGUUGUUUAAUGUUGUUUUACCUGAAAUAAAAUUUAUUAAUGCUUCA